AUGCGUUGCUUCAUCAGCCUCGUUCUUGGCCUGCUGGCCCUGGAGGUGGCCCUCGCUCGGAACCUACAGGAUCAAGUCUUCAACUCAGUUCCGUCCAUGUUCCCUGAUGGCAGCCCCAUUGUGGGCACAGAGUGUGUCAACUGUCAAACCAACGAGGAGUGUGCCCGGAAUGCUAUGUGCUGUCCCAAUUCCUGUGGUAAGAGCUGCAAAACUCCUGUCAAUACUAAGUCCCCGCCCAUUGGUGUUACAAAAGCUGGCAUCUGCCCCUGGGAUCUACUCCAAACGAUCACUGCCGGGCCAUGCCCAAAGAAGAUAUCUUGCUCCAGCGACAGUCAGUGUCCUGGCAACAUGAAAUGUUGCAUCAAGGACUGUAUCAUGACAUGUGUGGACCCAGUGCCAGGUAUGCAGCUUCAAGACCCUGGACCCCCACUUCUCCCUAGACCUCUGGCCCCCACCCUACCCUACAUCAGAUCCAAGAGCAGAUACAGUAAUUCACCCUCUCCUUUCCGUCUCUGUUUCCCACGACCAGGAUCUCGCUACGCUUCCCAGUCCCGGAAGCCUGAGCUCAGCAAGGAUGGCGACGGCCGGGACCGGGCGGAGGGCGUGGCCUCCGUCCUGCAGCCCUCGGUCCCCUAG